AUGGCCUCCACUGUUCCUCAACCAACUCUCUCCUUUCCCCGGGAGACCUUUGCGAAGCUCUCUCCUCACCCUUAUCUCCUCGCACAUCUCCAACCCACCUCCUCAGAUUCUACUCCGACGCGCGCAAACGGGCGAUCACCGACCCAAUUUCGUACAGCGCAUGUUAACAAUGGCUCCCUCACCCACGCCGAAGGGAGCGCGGUGGUGCGAAUAGGGGACACAACUGUUGUCUGCGGUAUUCGCGCUGAGAUAUUGCUUGCCAGCAACGCAGCAGGAUAUCGCGUAGAUAAAGCAGUAACAGCCCCAUCGUCGAGAGACGGAUACAAUGAAGCCAAAGAGCUCGAUUUACUGGUUCCGAAUAUUGAGUUGGCGACGGGAUGUUCCCCUGCUUUUUUACCCGGCCAACCUCCAAGUACAUUGGCACAAAGUCUAAGCACAAGGGUCUAUACGCUGCUCCAUUCGAGCGGGUUAGUCGAUCCCGAGGACUUGAGGAUCUGGUACCAGCCGCCAGAUCUUAGAGAUCCGGAUGAGAUGGAAGACGAAGAGCCAGAUGCGGUAGAACCUGAAGUCAAGGGGUUUUGGACACUGUAUAUCGACAUUCUGUUCAUCUCACUUGAUGGAAACCCUUUCGAUGCGGCUUGGGCCGCUGUUGUGUCUGCGCUGAACAACGUUCGAUUACCCAAAGCGUCCUGGGAUCCAGACCGGCAGAUGAUUAUUUGUGAUGACUCUGUAGUAGAGUCAAAGAAUCUCCAGCUAAGGGGAAUGCCGCUUGCUGUCACGGCGUUAGUGUUCAAGUCCAAGGAACAGGCUCGAGGAGGGGAGAAGAAGUACUGGAUCCUGGUCGAUCCUGAUACGUUCGAGGAAGGGUUAUGUGAUGAGUCUGUCACGGUUGUAGUAGAUUGCUCAAGUAGCACUACGAAGGUGUUGAGCAUUUCGAAGUCUGGCGGAACGAUUGUAGGGAGGGAGGAGAUGAGGGAAAUCGUCGACUUGGCAGCGACGAGGUGGAUUGAUCUCAGCCAGCUUCUGAAAGGUUGA